UCCCCUUUGGCUGCCUGCCUAGCUGAAACCGACGACGACGCUACCACUCUCCUUCCUUCCUUUCCUUCCUUCACCGCGUCUACCCCCAGACAAAAUCCCAUCCGGAAUCAACUUCUCUCCCUACGAUCCUCUUCCUCCCCCUUCCCCGCCGCCUCCGCCGGCGAGAAUCGCCGCCGCGUCCGUCGCCACGACCUAGGAGCCCUCCUUCACGGGCGGACCUCUUCCCGGAGCCACCGGAGGGCGGGGACGGGCGGCCAGUCUCGUCCAGAGCCGGUAUGCAGAGCCAGAUCGUGUGCCACCGCUGCCGGAGGGUGCUGGCCUACCCGUCAGGGGCGCCCAGCGUGUGCUGCGCCAUGUGCCGAGCCAUCACCGCCGUGCCACCCCCAGCGCCAGCAGUGGAAAUGGCUCAGCUUAUAUGUGGUGGUUGCCGAACUUUGCUGAUGUACACCCGUAAUGCAGACACUGUGAGAUGCUCAUGUUGCAGUACUGUCAAUCUUGUCAGACCAGUCAAUAAUAUAGCCCACGUGAACUGUGGUCGGUGCCGAACAACUUUGAUGUAUCCACAUGGAGCACCUUCUGUCAAAUGUGCCAUCUGCGAUUAUAUCACAAAUAUCACAAAUACUGGAAUAAAUACCAUGUCACCAGCGCCAUGUCCAAGGCCUACAUCAAAUGAAUCUGCAUAUAAUGCCUCAUCAGCUUCUGUUCCCACACCUCAACCCCAGAAUGUAACCGUCGUUGUUGAGAACCCUAUGACAGUUGACGAAAAGGGUAAACUGGUCAGCAACGUCGUAGUUGGAAUUACACCUGGGAAAAAUUGAAGGGUUGUUUCUCACCUGAUGUAUACCUGUUUUGUGUUCUAUAUAAGAACCUGGAAAGACCAUGUACUGGUAUUUCCAGCCUUUGGUGAUUGGUUGCUGCCUGACCUGGAAGAACAAAGACGCAUAAAGUGCUUUUUGGAAUUUCACCAAGGAAAGCAUGCAUUUCGAAAGCUGUAUUCUGAAUAUGUUGAUUCUUUUGUCUGUAUAUGAGUUCUAUCAGACUUCACUAUGGGCAUGACAAAAUGGUAUUAUACAUAUUUUGAAACUUUA